CUGUGCCAUUCUUGGCUGCUGGAGCAGAGAGAGAGUAACCUCAAAUUAUUGCUGAAACUCUGUCCGCUCUGAGUCCAGCAGGCAUCUGUGCAGGCACCAAAUCUGGAUUAUGCUGAGGACAUGGGAGUCACGCAUGGGAAGAAGAGAGAUCUCCAAGAUUUUCCAGCCUCCAUGAUGAAGACACCCCAACCUGAACAGGAGGAUCAAUUCCCAGAGAUUCAGGGAAUUUUUCCAUCCCAGCUACACAGUGAAGAAGAGGGCAGCCACCUAAUCAGACCCCACAAACCUCUCAAUCCUUUAACUGCCUCCAAGAGCCACCAGGAGCUCCACAAAGAACUCCAGAUGACCCACAAGAGGAGAGUGACUCAGGAAGGAAAGACUGAACUCCAGAGAGCUCUCGAAAAGAGGAAAUGGGAACAAAGGAUGAAGGCGGGCAGGGAUCAGCAGGAGGCAAACAAGAACACGUCGCCUCUUCAUCAAGAGCUGCUGAAAAGACAGCAGAGGCUAGAAAACCUGGAAAGAGAGGAAAAAUCCAAGCAAGAGGAACCAGAGUUCCUCCAAGUCAAAGAGAGACUGAGGAGGACCACAGUUACGGACGCAGGAGAAAAACAAGUGUGACAGUUAAGAUGUGUGACUGUGUUUUCUGUUGGCCGUCAACACAAUAGACUGAUGGGAAUAAGCAACUUGGUGGAGGGAUGUUAGUGUCGUCUGCUAGAAAUAGAUAACGCAGCUCAGUGCUCAUAAUCAGGGCGACACCUUCCGGUCAAGUGGAGACACAUCAUUAGCUGCCAGAAGCCACAAGGAAAAAGAAAAGAUUUCAGUUUUUCUUCCUAAUACGCUGUGAGAAAUUAGAAACCAAAAUGUGCACAGAUGAAAGCUUCAUUAUUUUUCACCACCUCUGUGUAUAAAGUUGAAUUAGACAUCUGGGUCUUUAUGCCCCAUAAUGCAUUUAAACAGAAAGGAUGGCAAAAAAAAAAACAGGUUCUGUCGCACAUACGUGUAUCAUUUCUCACAUUUUCUCUCUAACAAUGCAGAUAAAAAUUCACACAGUAAUGAUGGAGUGCUUCAUGUUACUGUUUGGUAACAUGUUUUAUUUACAUAUCUGUAGCAUGUGUUGCCAUAGUUAUUAAUAAUUAUCAUCAGUACCAUAAUAUCGUACUACAUAGAAAAUCAGGUAUAAUUGAAGGUAUCAACAUAUGAUGGGACUAUUACUGUAGAUCAAGAGAUGUUAAAUCAACAUGAAAUAAAAUGUUACUUAGCAAAACUA